CUACCCCUAUCUGUCCCUUUCCUCACUUCCUCUCCCCUCUGCCCGGGUGCGUGUGUCUGUUCCCGCUACAGACUCCAGUGCUGUAGGCUACUGUCCUCUAUUACAGCCACCAGGGUAUUUGACAGGGGUUUUUGUUGAGCCUUGACGCAGAGGCCCAAGAGGAGGCAUCCCUCAGCAUGGAGGGUUCAAAAAUCCCAGUUCGGGCAAAAGAGGCUUCGCACCAGGGCCAACAGCAGAGGCAGCAGCAGCAAGGGCAGCAGAACCCACAACAACAGCAGCAGAGCAGAUCCACAGUCACCCUGACCCUUGAGGACCACAGCGGCGCCGGUAGCGGGGGUCCCAGCUCCUGGCAGACCGACAGCCUGGCCUCGUCCUGGGCCACCGUGGGCACGCUGGACCCCGAGGAGGCCAAGAGCCUGGAGGAGCGCAGCGAGAACCACUCCACCAUCUCAGACAUAGUCCACCUGGACGUGGAGGAGGCCGAGCUUUACGAGGAGGACGACGAGGAGGACGAGGAGGAGGAGGUGCAAGACGAGCCCAGGCCCCUGAGGGCGGAGAUGGAGGUGGAGGAAGAAGAGGAGUACGAGGAUGACGAGGAGGUAGUGGUUGAGGAGGAGCAGGAAGAGGAGGAGUUUGAUGAGGAGAAGGAGGUGCUCCACGGUAGCCAGCAGAUGAGCGUGCUGGGUACUGAGAGGGAGCUGGCGGAGAUGAGGGCGGAGAACGAGGCGCGCGAGCGGCGCCUGGAGAAGGAGGCGCAGGAGCAAGCGCAGCGGCGGGAGGCCAUGGAACAACGCAUGAAGCAGGAGGCCGAGAAGCUGCGUCUGGAGAGGGAGGAGCGGGAGCAGCGCUGGCAGAAGGAGGCCGACGAGCUGCAGCAGCUUCGGGAGCAGGAGGCCAGGGAUCGGCAGCGUUCCAAGCAGGAGGUGCGCGACUACGCUGCCGCGGUGCGGGGGGACAACACCGAACCGCUGAAGAUUCCAAAGACUGUGGAGACGCUGAGUGCGGAGGAACCCGAGGAGUUGCAAUGGCCUCCACUGGGUAAGUCAUCGCCUAUAUGGCCUCCACUGGGGUCUACGCCUCUGACCGAUGAAGAGGGAGUUCUAUGGCCUAUUGGGUCGACGCCUCCGCCCACAGUACCAGCAACAACAGCGCCUGCUCCCAUCCCCAUCCCUAUCCCUGUGGCCACGCUCACAGCUCCAGACUUCCGACCAUUCAAAGAUGUCCCUCCGACACCACCAAGGAUGGAGGAGUCGUUUCUCACAAAGCCUCACCAACAAGCGUCACAGGAGGUCAACAAAAAGGAGCUUCCCAUUCCUUCGGCACCUGCGCCCACUGUGGAGGUGAAAAUAGAGCCUCCUACUCCUCCUGCAGCUCCUCUGGCUGCCGAAGAGUCUUCUGCCAUUAAGGAGGUUCCUCCAACAACGCAGGAAGCUGCACCUGAGUCCGAGCCGCCUUCCUCUGGUUAUGACACACUCCUCUAUGGUGGCGCCGCCCUUGUGGCUGUGGUGGGAGUGGUGGCCUUAGGAGCUAUGGCGCUUUCUCGGAAGUAACCUCAACUCCACUGCUCUCAACAGGAAUAAAAGGACAUGAAUAGUAUAUUUUUUCUUUGUGAGUAUAUAGAUUUUUAAAGGGAAAUGUAAUGCCACUAUGAAAUCACACAUAAAGUAAAGAAAAAAACCAAACAAA